AGACAUUCCCCUGAAGAGGAGCAGAACAGUCCUCAAGCCCUGCCUGCGCUAGGGAAAGGACAGCCAGCCACGCCACUUGCUUCAGCCUAAACCCACCCCCAGCUCCAGAGAGACACUGGCGGGUGGACUGGUUUUCCAGGCAAAAUGAACAUUCAGGAGUAUUUUGCAAGAAUUUCUUACAAUGAUUCCCAUAAGGAUGCAGACUUGCAAACCUUAACAGUCAUCUUCCAGCAUCACAUCCACGCAAUUCCUUUUGAAAACCUCAGCAUGCAUUGCGGGGAGACCAUUGAACUGGAUUUACAAUCUACUUACAACAAGAUUGUGAGAAAGAAACGUGGUGGAUGGUGCCUGGAAAGCAAUCACCUUUUAUUUUGGGCCUUGCAGGAAUUAGGGUAUGAUGUCUGUAUUCUUGGAGGAAACAGUUAUGAUCCAGCAGAGAAGGCAUACACUGCUGAGAUGAAUCACAUCCUAAUGAAGGUGGUGAUCAAGGGAAAUUCCUACAUAGUAGAUGCUGGUUUUGGUGGUCCCUACCAGGCAUGGGAGCCAUUGCUGUUGAUUUCUGGGAAGGAUCAGCCCCAGAUCCCCGGCAUAUUCCGCUUUAUGGAAGACAAUGGCACCUGGUACUUUGAGAAAGUGAAAAGGAAGCAUUAUAUUCCUGAGCAAAGCAUCCCUUUGGCUGGUACUCCAGAACUGGGGAAUAUCAGAAAAAUAUAUACAUUCACUCUCGAGCCACGGCAUAUAAAUGACUUUCAGGAGUUGAAUGGAUACCUACAAGUGUCUCCAGAUAACAUACUUCAGAAGAAGUCAAUUUGCAGUCUCCAGACUACUAAAGGGCUUUAUGCCUUAGUUGGAUGGACCUUCACUGAAGUGAUGUAUAACUACAAGGAGGACAUGGACCUGAUACAGAUCACAACGCUUACAGAUGAAGAGGUUGAGAAGACACUGAAAGACAAAUUCAACAUAGUGCUGGAGAACAAACUCACACCAGUAAACGUUCGUGGAUUGCCACCUAAUAUAGUGGAUAGAAUCUAAUUCUAAUGCUG